AGUCACAUAUCGUGAACGAUCUCUCCCAGGAAGGUGCGCUAGUUCGUUUCUCCGUGAAAUGGAUUGCAUUGCAUCAGUUUAACGUUAUCAUUGUUAGGAUUAUAGCGUCUUUGUAGCAAAAUGAUCUAAAAAAAAGGAUACUUGGCGCUUGUCGCGUGCCUCGAAUGUUUUAUUAGAAAACAUAGAUCUACAACAUUUCGAAACGUGGUAUCGUUUGUGGAUCUGUCAAUUUUCUAUUAUCAGAUCGAAUUUUUACAUUUUAUAUUAUCAGUCGCAGCGUGUCAAUGAAAGGACAGUGUUGUCACCGAUUCAAACGAGCACCUUCUUGAAUUGUCAAACGAAAUCCGAGGCAUGCGUGGGACGUGCGCGACGUGCACUGAAGUUUGACGUGGCCAGUGUGUGUUUUGAGGUUAUUUUUGUGUUCGUGUAACUGACCUAUACUUGUUUAAAAGAGAGCACAGGAUCUUUAUUUUCAUUCUGACAGUCUAUCGAAUAAGUUGCUCUUACAAGAACUUUGCAGAUCCCUCGUAUCUUCAUUUAAAAUUUGCAUCGAUUAUAUUCAACAAAGAAGAUAGUUUUGAAAAGUGAUGUUUAACCUUAAUAACAACUGAAAUUUGAGUUUUAAGUUUCUGUUAUGAAAAGACACUCUAUACACAUUUUUGUGCGCAUCAAAUUUAAAGAAAUUUAAAUAACAGUGUGAACGUCAACGUUUCAUCAUGAACUGUUGUUUGUUCAUAACGUCUUAUUUAUUUUUUGUAUUUAACGUCACUGCCAAAUUACUGUGACAAUACGUUAAAUUACCUUGGACCGCAUAUAUAUUCGACAAGUGGAAGUGAUUUAAUUCAAACAAGAAGACACAAUGUUAUGCAUAAAGAAGUUGUACCACGAAGAGCUGUUGCAGCUCGCGCUGCUACUUUCAUUAUUACGAAUAGAUCCAGAAACCUACCUUGGUUUGGACAUCCAAACCAUCGGUGUAGGUUCUCUAGGAUUAAACAAUGGUUCGAGAUGGCAUACCGAUAAUCAUAUGAUAAUCCAUCGUCCUACGUUCGUUCAUCCAAAAAAUUUAGACUCUAUGCUUUUAAAUUAUCAAAGAGAUUUGUUCGAAGACUUAAAUUCAUUAGGAAGAUACAAUAGAAUAAAUUCAGGUUUAAAUGAUAUACAUGCCUACUUGUUAAACAUCGAAGAAACAGCAAGAGAUAUGGCUAUUGCGGGACCCAGUAUAUCACUUUCUACGAAUCCAGCUAGAAAUAUGACAUCACCAGAUGCGCCAAAUUCUUCACAAAUUCCUAAUGAACCAACAAACACAGCAGAGCUUACGCAAGAGGACAUGGAUUUAAUCGAAGUGCUUUGGAAACAAGACGUGGAUCUCGGAUUCACUCCAUUGGUCGAAUCCGCGGCUUCGCCGAAAAAAGCGUCCACAUCGGAGAAACAAACCGACGAUGAAAUUGAAAAAUUACAAGCCUUAGAAGCGAUUAACGCGAACAACGAAAAGAAAGAUACGAGGGAAUUUGAAGAACAACCAGAUGAUCCUUGGGCAGGUCUUCCUUAUACUGUUGAUCUUGAAACUGGUGAAUAUAUUCUCAAGUCUGGCGAUCAAAGAGAAAACGCAAGCAGCGCGGUCGAAGAAGACGAUCAGCUUCUCGCAGAUGCGUCGCUGGACCUAAACAAUCAUCCGUUAGCGGGAUUAACCGAUGAUUCUCUGGGAUUAACUGACACCUUAGAGCUUGAGAAUGAGUUUUCCUCGGACUUACUCGGAGGUGGCCUCUUAGGAAGUGCUGGAGUCGAUGGUCUACUAAACAACGAUACUUUGGGUCUUCCCGACGGAUUCAAUCUCGAGGAGGCGCUUCAACUCGUUGGCCUCGAUGAAGCUCAAUCAGAGGAAACGAAGUCGGAAGUAAAGAAGAAGAAAGAAGACACCGUCGACGAAUCUUCGAGUGCAAAGGAGGAAACGGCCGUUACUAGUUCGAGCACCCCCGAAGUCUCAAAGUCACCCAGGUGCGAGGAUCCAGAAACCGGCGACAUGAUUCACACACCGCAAUUUCAUCAUCCCCAUCAUCCGCAUCAUCGUUCCUUCCAGGGACGUAUGCCGUUUAUGCGUGCAAUGAGCAUGGAACAACGAUGGCAGGAUUUGGCAUCUCUUCUAUCGCUACCCGGUGCGCCGGAUCAUUUUGCACAUCCUGCACAUCCUGGAUACCCAGGGCACGGUAUAAGUCACAGUCAUUACGAAGCACAACGUAAUGUAUUACUUCACAAUGCCACGUUGGCUCCACCUGUAGGUGAUCUGAAUUCCACGAAUCCAUAUCACAAUGUUGGUGGGUCGUCAAAUCUAGGUUCAGCGGUGGCAACAUCAAUGAACUUAACGAACAGUAGCGAACCAAUCGGGGCAGAAAGUGGAACAACUUAUAAAUCUGAACCAGCUGAUAUGAUGUAUUAUCAUACACCAACUUCCGAUUCGAUUAAUCAAACAACCGAUGGUUUUCUUUCCUCGCUUCUAAAUGAUGAGGACCUACAUCUGAUGGAUAUGGCCAUGAACGACGGCAUAUACACCAUGCGUAUGUUAGAUAAUGGUAACAAUAAUGCUUCUGGUCCAACGGGAGCAGCGGCCUUGCCAGGAGUUCAGACAGGUGGUGGAACGACUCCAUCGGCCACAGGCGUUACGACACUUCCUGGUGUAACAGAUGAAAGGAUGGAUGCAUCCAGCGAUAGUGCUGUCAGUAGCAUGGGUAGUGAACGUGUACCAUCCCUUUCAGAUGGUGAAUGGAUGGAAACUGGAUCUAAUUCCAGCCACACACAAGCCGAUUCUCAUUACACUAUGGACUAUGCUAGCAAAUAUCGUAUGUCAUACGAUUGCAGCUACUCCGUUUCCGGAAGAAACGCUGGUUCUCCAAGAUGUCAAACAGAGCGUUCCAUGCCUCCAGUUGCGCAGAAAAAACAUCAAAUGUUUGCAAAACGAUACUUUCAGGAACAAGGAACUGGUUCACCUUUGGGAGCUACCGCACAUCCGACUACUCCAAUGAAAUAUGACUACGAUUCGCAUACAGUUGGUGCUGGUGCACCAGGAAAUGCUUAUUCUGGGCCAAUCGAAGGUGCUGCUGGGCCACAACCGGAAAUGAAAUAUAGCUGUAGCGUAGAUUUCACCCGUCAUCAAUCUGGACGUUCUGCUAUAGAGCACGUUCAUCAUAAUCACACGUAUCAUUUACCUGCGGAAAGUUCCGGAUCUCUUCAACGCCCCGUCUCCCGCGAUAAAAAAGUGCGUAAAAGUGAGGGUGAGGAACAUUUAACUAGGGACGAGAAAAGAGCUAGGGCGUUGAAUGUGCCCAUUCCAGUAAACGAUAUUAUUAAUCUUCCUAUGGACGAAUUUAAUGAACGUCUUAGCAAAUACGAUCUCAGUGAAGCUCAAUUGUCUCUGAUACGUGACAUCAGAAGACGAGGCAAGAAUAAAGUAGCCGCUCAAAAUUGCCGUAAGCGUAAACUAGAUCAAAUUAUAAGCCUCGCCGAUGAAGUAAAAGAGAUGAGGGACCGCAAAAUGAGACUCAUCCGUGAACGAGAGUUUAUGCUAAUUGAGAGGCAACGCGUUAAAGAUAAAUUUAGUCAACUUUAUCGUCAUGUGUUUCAAUCUCUACGAGAUCCCGAUGGCAACCAAUACCAUCCAUACGAAUACAGUUUGCAACAAUCUGCUGAUGGAAAUGUAUUGUUAGUGCCAAGGAAUCAAACAAAUCCUCAUCACCCACGUUCCACGACAAUGGAACCAAAAACGAAACCUGAUCCUGAACACAAGGAAUGAAGCUAUCAUAAGCUAACGUUUUAUAAAACGUUUGAUUAGAAAAUUUUGCUCGAUAUGGUGAUCGCAGUUAAAAGUCUCUUGAGGAUGUAUGCGGUGCUACGAAGAAAACACUCUUACAAUUUUAAGUACAAUAAAAUAAAUAAAAAAUUCGUCACGAAAAAAAUACUUGUUGCUAAUAUUUGGUAUAUUCUGCAUCAUGUUUGAAUAAACAACGAAGUUUUUCAGAUAUUUCAGAGAUUCGCAUUGAUGUAUGGUUUCUUUGAGAUCGAAGGAUAAUCACCAAACAUAGAGAUACUGAUUGUACAUAUAGUAAUAUUGCAUAAAGAAAUCAAAGCACUACACAAAUAGAAAAAAGUGAACAACACUCUGAAAAUCUGUAAUAUUUAAAUUAAAUGGUUUUAUUUAUUACUUUAAACAAUGAUGUAAACAUGAAUAUACAUUAAUGUUUUCUAAAAAAGAAAAUAGUACUACAAAAAAAUACCUUUGAAAUAUCAUUUUAUUCUAUUAAAACUGAGAAGAACAGUUACGAUGAUGACAGUCCUGAUUUUCUUUUGUUUUGUUGUUCUCUUUCAUUUGGCAAAUAUCUAUUAUAAUUUUUAAUUUCCCAAAACAUGCAUGUAUAAAAGUACAUUGUUUAGGCGCCGUAAUUACAUUACAAACUGUUAUGUAUAUAACGAUUGAACAUGUUUAUUCCUUUAAGACAAAUUUUAAUACACCUCGGUUCAGUUACUUCAUCUAUGAGUAUAUUAUACAUGAUUUAAUUGAUAUGUAAGUGACAUAGAUGUUAAGUGUUUACGAUCGUAUUGAAGUGUGAUUAAUUAAACAAUUUUAAUCAACUAAAUGAUGUUACUUACAAAAUUGAUAAACUUGCCAAACAUCAUAUUCUAUUGAAUAAAAGUGCAAAAAGCACUGUCGUGAGUGUGUUAUAUACAACUCGACGUAAAUGAGGUAAAAAAUAAUGUAAUAACGCCAGUAAAACAAAUAAUUUUAUUGCUGUUACUUUAUUUAAAAAUAUUCUUGCAGCUUUAAAUUGUUUGUAAUUUGAUGACAAAACUGUCAAUAAGGUGUAAUGCAAAAUUAAGUCUGCAUUCAAAUUUAAAAUUAAACGAAAGGAACAAUCGAAACGAUAAAAGGCAAAUGUCAGAAACCUUGAAUAUUAUAAAUAGUUCAAUGAACUACUUAAUAUACUGUACAAAAACUGUUCCAAAAAUAUUACAUUUCAGUCCAUACAAGUAAAUAUAUUAACAAUCAACUGUAAUAUACAAUGGUGAAAAUAUAGAGUAAAUAAUGUGACUGUGUGCAUACUUUUAACGCGAUGUGUUGUGUACUGUUACAAUAUUAAUAAUAGUAUUGACUAAAAUACGAACAAACGUAAUAAAUACACAUAUUUUUAUAAAAUAAGAAACGAGUAAAGUUCAGGUAUGUCACAUUUGCCUUUACAUGUAUAUAUUAAUGUAGGUAGAAUAAUUUUCUAUAAAUAUUAUAUAUAUAAAUAAAUAUAUAUAGAACAUAUGUAUGUAUGUUCACGCAUAUAUGUAUAUAUGCGUAUAUACAUACACGUUAUCAUGAUAAAAAUAAUUGAAAAGGAUAUGCUGUUUAUGCCGACAAUUUAUAACAGUCAACUCUUUAUUAAUAUUUACAUACACAAUUGUAUUUAUACUAUUGGGUGUAGGCUGCCUUUACAUACUGUACUUAGCGAGCGGAGACCACGUUGUUAAGAACUAUCGUAAAAACAAAUAAUUUAUAAUUACUCUGUUCGUGGACUGUACAAACGAACCAGAUUUAUAUGAACCUUCGAUUUUAUCUGAUCAUAUUUUAAGACCUUUCAUUGUCAUUAAAUUUCUAUAUUGUAUAAAUAAAGCUGAAUAAACCUUUGGGGAAAGUACUGUAUAUA